AAAUAUUAUUAACGGUGUAAACUCUUAUUCCUUGACUUAAAUAAAGUUUAGCUUUUGGAUCGGUUUUCAUAAGCGUUUCUUAAUGGGCAGCGCUUUCCCUGUUUUGGCAUUCAUCACUUCUCGCGAUAGAGUCCAAGUCACGCGAUAGCUCCAAACAGUCCGCAAAGUUCUGACCACACCAGCUUAGCCGCAUCAUAAACAGCAGCAAUGGCCGCCUUCCGCAGAGUGGCUUCGUUGGCCGCUAAGCUUACCCUGCGCUCGGUGUCGAGAAACGAGCUGACCGGGCGUCACACUGCCUCAGGCGCGCGGAAGUGUCUCACUUUCGGGCUUUGUCUUGCGACGGGAGGUGCCGUGGCACUUUACUUCUACGAGGACAUGAUUAACCGCCGAGGCUGGAGGAGGAAGAUGGUGACUCGCAGCAUCCACGGUUUGUUGCCAUCCAUCCCAGCCGUUGAAGCCAAAGAGAAGGCACAUCCGAUGGACUUUGAGGAGGGAGAUGUGCACAUGUCGAGCCACGAGCAUCGUUUCCGUAUGUUUAGCUCUGUGGAGUAUGACGGGCAGCUCUACAUGACUCCUCAGAACUUUAUUGAGUCAGUCACUAUGAGUGAACCAAGGAACAAGAGGCCCUGGAGGUCCCUGACCAAACAGGAGCUAGAGAAAAUCCUCUCAGAUACUCCCCCGGUAUGGAGAGGAUCGUCCAAGCUAUUCCGCAACCUGAGAGAACGAGGUAUCAUCUCAUACACAGAGUACCUGUUCCUGCUCUGCAUCCUGACAAAGCCCCAUGCUGGUUUUAAGAUUGCUUUCAAUAUGUUUGAUGCAGACGGCAACCAGAUGGUGGACAAGAGGGAGUUCUUGGUGCUUCAAGAGAUCUUCCGGAAGAAAAAUGAGAAGAAGGGGAGGAAAGGGAAUGCUGAGAAGUCUGCACAGUUGAGUAUGCAGCUGUAUGGAUAUCAGGUUGCCCCCAUGAACAGCGUGCUAAAAAAAGACAGUCAGGAGUUUGUGGCGCGGAGUUACUGGGACGUUCUAAGGCGAGGCGCCAGCCAAAUCCUCUUUUCUGACCUGGCGGAGCGUGCAGAUGAGAGUCUAACUAUUGACACCACCCUUCUGGUUCAUUUCUUCGGGAAGAAAGGGAAGGCUGAGCUCACUUUUGAUGACUUUUAUAGGUUCAUGGAUAACCUCCAGACUGAAGUACUGGAGAUUGAAUUUCUGACCUACUCUAAAGGAAUGGCCACCAUCAGUGAAGAGGACUUUGCCAAGAUUCUCUUGCGCUUCACCAACGUGGAGAAUAUUGGUGCCUACCUGGAAAAUGUUCGACAAAGCAUACCUGAUGAAAAGGGAAUCACUUUUGAUGAGUUCCGCUGCUUCUUCCAAUUUCUCAACAACCUAGAGGACUUUGCCAUUGCCAUGCAGAUGUACAAUUUUGCUUCUCGCUCCAUCGGGCAAGAUGAGUUUGCGAGAGCAGUAUAUGUGGCCACAGGUCUCAAGCUGACACGGCACUUGGUAAACACUAUCUUCAAGAUCUUUGACGUGGAUCACGAUGACCAGCUCUCUUAUAAGGAGUUCAUUGGCAUCAUGAAGGACAGGCUGCACCGAGGCGCCAGGGGAUACAAAGCAAUGGAGCGCGCCAUCUCCUUUCGAUCCUGUUUGAAAAGAGAGCUGGCAAGCAGGUGAAUGCCCCAUGCUGCAACUCCUUUCCCCACUGUGUUAUCUCUGAAGCCAAGAGACAAAUAGACCGGUCCUGGAUGGGAGACAUAGUUACUGAGUGUAGGAGCAAUGCUGGAGAACUGGUCACGUGCACACCAUUUUUACUUCAAAUCUACAGAUGAAAUAUACUGAAAGUUUUGAAAAUGUUCUACUAAAUAAUUUCACAUGAAAAAAGUUCAGGGCGGCACGAUGGUCAUCUGGUUAGCACCUCACCGUGCUGAAGUUUUGAUUCCAGGCUCUGGCCUUCCUGUAUGGAGUUUGCAUGUUCUCCCCGUACCUGCAUGGGUUUUCCCCGGGGACU